UGGGCUUCUUGUUUCUUGUUUCCGGUCCGACCUCCACAGAGCAAACAAGAACCUAUUCUUCGUUGGCAGAGUCACAAUAUAUCGCACGCUUUGGGGGUCCCUUAUAGCCCAUCCUUGAUUCACGCCUCAUCGCCCUGCUUCUGCCUCGACUUACUCCUCCUGGGUGGGCCCAUAUCUCGUGGCCCCGUUUUCUGAUAUACCCCCUUCCCUCUGAUUCUGUUGUUUAUAUAACUAGGAGCCGAUUUCCGGGUCCUUCCUCGCCCGCCUGGCAGCAUCGACCAUCUCAUCGCCAACAUCCAGCACCUUGCCUCCCCCUCCACCCCCCGGGCAUUCCGCCGUUGCAUCCCAGGAGGAUCCCGCCUCGCCAAGCGGCCCGCUCGCGCUCUGCUUCGCGACACCUUGAUAUAUAUAUAUCUACCUACCCCACACAGCCUGUCACGCUCAGCCUUGUUCUACAUAUAUGCUACUCUCCUACCAUUAGCCCUGAAGCAACACCAUCUCCGGAUUGCCAAACUUGCAGCUGCUCGCCAUGUGCGACUUCACCAAGAAUUACUACGUCUACACCUCCUGCGUCGACCCAGGAGCUCACUUUUUCCGCACCUCCCUGGACGGCAAUUCUAAGCAGUCGUGCCCCAAGGGCCCGCAUGAGCGCUACAUCAUGCUGCCGGGAGAGUGCCCAUUGUGCCAUGGCGGCUGAGGAACCCGAUAUCCACCCCCAAGGGCUUUGGGUCACUCUUCUUUCCAUCAUUCUUUUUUCUUCUCUAUUUGCGACUGGGCAUGGGUGGGCUGGAACCACGUCGUCGGGUUGUCUGCCCAUCCACUCGACGGACCGACUGGAUGGGCUUCUCUUAACCUGAUGUCGCCAUCAUAUGUUUCUGCAUGGGAACAUGGCCCAGCUACGGCCAAAGGGAUGCGGU